UGCUCAAUACGUGUCAAUGAUGUGUACUAUAUCCAUGAUCGGGCCACGCCUAAAGUCAGACGUCUGUUUUAGGACGGAGCCUGCGCACUGUGUGCAGUUUAUUAAUUGCAUUUUUGAAGAGUUCAUUUGUAACCUGACUCCGAGUCUCACCAUGUUCGGGGAGACGUUCAAAAACUUCAACAUUAGUUUUGCCGCUUUGAACGAGAGGAAUACUUUAACCAGUGGCGACGUGAUAACAGGGAAUAUCUCCUUCGACCUCACAUCGGAGACAAAAAUCACUUCAAUAAUAAUGACACUGACGGGAGCGGCAAAUGUCCACUGGGCCGCCUCAAAAAGGGUGAACAAUCAUCGCAGCAGGGGAAGAAACAGGAGAACACAGACGAGGCAUUACAGUGCAAAGCUGGACUUCUUCAAUUUAAAAAACAUUAUCGCGCUACAACACAGUGGUACUGAUGGGACAGCAAAACUUCCGCCUGGUACACAUGUGUAUCCAUUUGCAUGCCAGAUCCCUCAGGGAAACUUCCCGUCAACCUUCCAUGGUGUCCAUGGAAAAAUAGUGUAUUCGAUGACAGUCAGCAUCGACAGACCCUGGAGUCUGUCCAAAGACUUUGUGACAGAGUUGAACUUUGUAAAUCGCAUUAAUACCAACCAGCCAGAGCUGCAGGCACAAACAGCAAGACACUGUGCUGCCUGUGGUGUGCCUCAGGUCCGAUCACAGUGA